AUACUACCAAGACUUUCAUGUAUAUUAUUCAUUUAUAUUGGUGUCAUCAGUGACAUCAAAUCCUUAGCUUCUCCGGAGAGAACGAAGAAUCUCUUCACUUUUCCAGUAACUGUAAGAAGCUUUAAUAGGCUUCCCCACUACAAAAAUUCGUAAUUUUUCCGCCAUUGAUUGAGAGAGAGAGAGACCCAGAGAUUCAAGCUAGCUUCAAUGGAUGAGGUUCAUAUUUUCUUGUUUCCUAUGAUGGCUCAUGGCCAUAUGAUCCCCACCUUGGACAUGGCGAAGCUGUUCGUGUACCGCGGCGCCAGAGCCACCGUCAUCACCACCCCUCUCAACGUCCCCUACCUCACCAAAGCCAUCCAACAAAUCAACCAUCUGGGCAUCGAAAUCGCCCUCCAGGCGAUCAGGUUCCCGGCGGCGGAGGCCGGGCUGCCGGAAGGGUGCGAGAGGAUGGACCAGCUCACCUCCGACGAUCUGGUCCCCAAAUUCUUCAAAGCCACCGCCAUGCUUCAAGAGCCGCUGGAGAAACUCCUCCAAGACUGCCGCCCCAACGCCCUCGUCGCCGACAUGUUCUUCCCGUGGGCCACCCACGCCGCCGCCAAAUUCGGCAUCCCCAGAUUGGUGUUCCACGGAAUCGGCUACUUCGCGCUGUGCGCCGCCGAAAACGUGCGGGCCUACAAACCUCACCACAACGUUUCCUCGGACUUGGAACCUUUCCUCGUCCCGGAUCUCCCGCACCAAAUCUAUCUCACGAGAUCCCAGUUGUCCCGCCACGACCGCGAGGAUUCUGAAACGUAUAUGACCAAAUUGCUUCAACAAGUUAAGGAAUCAGAGUCCAAAAGCUAUGGAGUUAUCGUCAAUAGCGUCUACGAGCUUGAACCCGAGUAUGCCGAGUAUUAUACCAAAGUACUGGGGAAAAGAGCGUGGCAUAUCGGCCCUCUUCUCCUCUGCAACACAAAAAUCGAAGAGAAAGCCCUACGGGAAAAAACAACAACGUUGUUAACACCACCCCCAUCUACCGAAAACCGACACGACAUCUUGAAAUGGCUGGACACCAAGAAACCAAAUUCUGUAAUCUACGUAUGUUUCGGAAGCAUGUCCCACUUCACAUCCUCGCAGCUCCACGAAAUCGCCGUGGGGUUAGAGGCAUCGGAGCAGCACUUCAUCUGGGUGGUGCGUAAGGACGACAAAGACCCAGAAAACGAGGAAUGGCUGCCGGAAGGGUACGAGGAGAGGGUACGAGGGAAAGGCAUGAUUGUCCGAGGGUGGGCCCCGCAAGUGCUGAUCCUCGACCACGAAGCCACGGGAGCAUUCGUGACCCAUUGCGGGUGGAACUCGACUCUGGAAGGAAUAUGCGCGGGGGUGCCAAUGGUUACAUGGCCGAUGUUCGCGGAGCAAUUCUAUAACGAGAAACUGGUGAGUAGAGUUUUGAAGGUGGGAGUUGAGGUUGGGGCGAAGCAGUGGAGCAGAGUGACGGCGGAUGUGAAGGGGGAAGCGGUGGCGCAGGCGGUGGUGAGAGUGAUGGUGGGUGAAGAAGCGGAGGGGUUUAGGAGUCGAGCGAGAAGCCUGAAGGAGAAAGCACUGAACGCCAUUGAACCUGGUGGAUCGUCUUACUCUGCUCUAAACGCCCUGUUGAAGGAGUUGAGCACAACAAAAUAGACACGAACAAAACCUUGUACUCGCAGAUGUAUCUUUGUUUUAAUUAUUCUAGUAUUGGAAAUUAUUAUAAACAUACAUAAGCAUCUAUCAAGCAACUGCUUUUUCAUU